AUGGCUCCUUCAAAAAACCUAACUACACAACAAAGAACCCAAAUAAUACAAAGGUUACUUUUAGCAUUAAAUAAGAAGGACAAACCAGUGCUAGGCACAAUCAAUGCACUUGCCACAGAGUUUCAAAUGGGGGUGUCACAGACCACAGUAUGUAGAUGGAAGAAGAGCAGAGUCAUAAGGAAGCACACAAACGCGAUCAAACCAACUUUGAAUGAGAAUAACAAGCUACACAGGUUAAGUUUUGCGUUAUCUAAAUGUGAAUAUGAUGAACAUAAUGAUGCAUUCAAGUUUAAGCCAUACACUAACGUUGUUCACAUAGAUGAAAAACACUUCUAUCUAACCCGAGAGACACAGACUUAUUAUCUAGCUCCGGGUGAAGUAGAACCACAUAGAGAGUGUCAAUCAAAGAGGUUCAUUCCAAAAAUCAUGUUUAUGUGUGCUGUUGCAAAGCCAAUAUUUACAACUGAUGGUGAUAUUUUUUUUGAUGGUAAGAUAGGCAUUUGGCCAUUUAUUACACAAGAGCCAGCAAAAAAAAGCUCCAAGAACAAGAAAAGGGGGGAGUUGGAAACAAAACUAAUACAAUCAAUCAUGAAAGAACACAUUAGAGCAAUGCUUAUCACUAAUGUGCUGCCAACCAUAAGAGAAAAAUGGCCUGAAGGAUUGUCAAAGGAUAUUUACAUUCAACAAGACAAUGCCAAACCACAUAUAGCACAUAAUGACAGAGAAUUUUUAGAAGAGGCAAUGAAAGAUGGGUUCUACAUUCAACUAGUUCAACAACCAUCAAAUUCCCCUGACAUGAAUUUACUUAGAGAUGUGAAAAAUGCUUUUGAGAAUCUAAGUCCACAGUGUCUUAAGUUUGUAUUCAUCACAUUACAAGCAUGUAUGAUAGAGGUGAUGAAAAGACAAGGAGGAUUCGACUAUCACAUUCCUUACAUGAACAAAACAAAGGCAGCAAGGGAAGACACUUUACCAGAUUACCUCAGUAUUGACAAACAAUUGGUUGUUGAUUCACUUCAACAUUUAUUCACAAAACUAAGUUCAAAAACAAUGAAUCAGUUAGUGGAAUUGAUUGGUUAUGCAGGGGGCAUUGAACAAGGGACUGUGCAAGUCAAUGAGAACGUUCACAUGGGGACAACAAGCCAGCUGUCUAAUCAAGAAGGUCAACAACAAGAAUGA